CACAAAUCGAAACGAGUAGCGUGACACUCUCGAAAAUAUUUUUUCUGCAGCCCGUUACGCGCACUCACUCGCCGUUGACGUGGCAGCACAUCACCGCCUUCGGAUCACUGGCAUCCAGCGCGUGAGAUUAAAAGACGUGCGUCUCUCAACCGACACAAGCCUUUUUAGAGAGAGAAAACAAGAUUUUUUUUUUCUAGAGAGAGAAAGCGAGUGAGAGUUCGAUCGAGCCCCAGCCCCUCAAACCCUAAUCGAUUUUCCCCAAUCUUUUCUUUUUCGUCAUUUUUUUUCUCAAUAAUUUUUCCCUUCCAAUCGAUCGAUAUGAACUCUAUUUCCUCUCCAGAUCUUUAGCUUUUUCUUUGAUUUGGGCUUUUUUUUUGUGUUGUAACAAUCAGAUCUCGCUAUAUAUAUUUGUAAAGGUUCAGUCUUUCUGAUUCGAUCGAGCUAGUGUCCUAUAGUCGUUAUCGGUGUCCUGGUUUGGGCGAUUGUUCUCUAAGAUUAUCUUCGAAACCCUAGAUUUAUUGUGUGACAGGGUUAUGUUAGGGUUCUUGACGGCUGAUUCUGCAAAAAUUAGGGUUUUUUAUUCCACAGAUUCGUAAAUUUACAUGUUGUAUGGCUUCAGAGACCUUAGGGGAUUCCGGUGAGGAUUUGAUUGCGAAAGCGAGGGACCGAUGGACGGAGAAAAGCAUAGUCUACACGCGGAGAAACCGCAAGAACGCCCCCAAAACCUCCAUUAAUGACGAUAAUACCCCCACCACGACAGCCUCCGUCCGUGAGAACCCAUCGUCCGCAGUCCUCACAGCCUCUGCAAAUUCCAUCCCCACCCGAACUGAGGUCUCUACUGCCGUCUCCUCUGCUGAUGCGUCCCUCUCUCCACCACCCGCCGCUGCCAGCUGUCUGGCCCAAGAUUCCGGGAAUGGUUUAGUAAUAAAGGAGAAAGAAAAUGGCUUCUCUCUCCAGUCUCAAGACGCCAAUGAAGAUUCUCAGAUUCGAACUCCCGAACCGCUUAAUUUAGAGUGUUUGCCAACGCCUGAUGCCAACAAAGCUCAAAAUUUAGAAAAUAGACCGCCGGAUGGAAAUGAGGAUUUGGGCUCUCCUCAAACGCCCCAAGUUAAGGGAAAUGGCGUCGUGAAGCCUCUUGUUAUGUCCACUGUUGAUGAUAGGAUAAAGUUCAACUUAAGCAAGGCUACGGCAAAGGAUGAUAUCAAGGAUUUUAGGCGGACACUGCUUAGCGAAAUUGAACAGGUUUCCAGGCUCGUUAAGGAGCUUGAGGCCAAGGAACUUGAGAUUACACCGAACAACACUCAGAUUAGCAAUAAUGAUGUAAGUAAUGUUAGUAAUUAUGUUGCCGCCAAUGGGUCCAGCUUGAGUGGUUACAGUUAUCCUCAAACCCAGCUAGCCCGGAAUGAGGUGGCAGACCGGAGGCUGCUGGUGAGAGUGAAUUCAGAGGUGGGUCCUCUCGAGAACCCUGAGCCAAGACACGUGGGACUGUCAAGAGUGAAUUCUGACAUGGGUGCUGCCCGGAUUAUUGAGCCGAGGCUUUACAACCGGCAAUUGAGUGUGGCUGUUAUGGAAAACAAUAACAGAGGGAGUGAGUUUGUCGAGAAGGAGAAGCGCACGCCAAAGGCAAACCAGUUUUACAGAAACUCUGAAUUCCUCCUUGGAAAGGACAGGCUGCCACCCGAGAACAACAAGAGGCUUAAGACAGGAAAUGGGAGGAAACAUGGUGGGGACAAUGAGCGUGGCUUUGGUUUUGGGUUCGAAAAGAGCCGGAAUCAGAUGUUCAAGAACUGCAGCAGCCUUCUCCAGAGGCUAAUGAAGCACAAGCAUGGGUGGGUUUUCAAUGAGCCGGUGGAUGUAAAGGGGUUGGGACUGAUGGAUUAUCAUGACAUCAUCAAGCACCCCAUGGAUUUGGGCACAAUCAAGUCUAGACUGUCUCAGAACUGGUAUAAAUCCCCACAGGAUUUUGCGGAAGACGUCAGGCUUGUUUUCCGUAAUGCUAUGACUUACAAUCCCAAGGGGCAGGAUGUCCACUUCAUGGCCGAGCAAUUGUCCCAGAUUUUUGAAGAGAGAUGGGCUAUUAUUGAGGCCGAGUAUAAUUCGAAUUGGAAACAUCGCAUGUACUAUGAUGGGAGGAUGCAGGCGCCUUUUUCUAGAAAAGCUCCUCCUCAAAAUCCCUAUGGGGCUGGUUCGAUAUCUUUGUACGUGCCUCCUGGGACACAAUUGAGGGCUUUCGAUAGGCCUGAGCUUGGUGUUUCGCCCAUGUCUGUCGAUCCCAAAGCUCAACGGCCUAAUGCUGGGCGGACGCCUGUCCCAAAGAAACCCAAGGCGAAGGAUCCAGAUAAAAGGGACAUGACUUACGAGGAGAAGCAGAGGCUUAGCAACAACCUUCAGGGAUUGCCUUCCGAGAAGCUCGAUGCUAUUGUUCAGAUCAUUAAGAAGAGGAACACUGCACUCUCUCAACAUGAUGAUGAGAUCGAGGUGGACAUUGACAGUGUUGAUCCGGAAACACUUUGGGAGCUUGAUAGGUUUGUCACUAACUACAAAAAGAGCUUGAGCAAGAACAAAAGGAAAGCUGAGCUUGCUCUUCAAGCGAGAACAGCUUCUAGUCAGAAUGUUGUUUUGAAGAACUCAGUUCCACCUGUAGUGGAUCAGAUUGGACGUGGGUCAGCUUUCGAAAGGAGUACUGGUCCACCUGCUAAUGGUGACAAUCAGGUUAAUAAUGGAAGUAGAUCUAGCAGCUCAAGUAGUUCGAGUAGUGAUUCUGGAUCAUCUUCAAGCGACUCUUGGCCAAUUUAUAUUCAGACAGCGAUAGUUCCUCUGCAGAUGGAUCAGAUGGUGGGCAUUCACCUAAGUCAUAAAACGACGAUAAUAAUGCAGAUUCGUAAAUUUACAUGUUGUAUGGCUUCAGAGACUUUAGGGAAUUCCGGUGAUGAUUUGAUUGCGAAAGCGAGGGACCGAUGGACGGAGAAAAGCAUAGUCUACACGCGGAGAAACCGCAAGAAAGCCCCCAAAACCUCCAUUAAUGACGAUAAUGCCCCCACCACGACAGCCUCUGUCCCUGAGAACCCAUCGUCCGCUGUCCUCACAGCUUCGGCCAAUUCCAUCCCCGCCCAAACUGAGGUCUCUACUACCGUCUCCUCUGCUGAUGCGUCCCUCUCUCCACCACCUGCCGCUGCCUGCUCUCCGGCCCAAGAUUCCGGGAAUGGUUUACUAAUAAAGGAGAAAGAAAAUGGCUCCUCUCUCCAGUCUCAACACGUGCAAGAACAGCCACAACAUGGGCUGUCAGAUGCCAAUGAAGAUUCUCGGAUUCAAACUCCCGAGCCGCUUAAUUUAGAGCGUUUGCCAUCGUCUGAUGCCAACAAAUCUCAAAAUUUAGAAAAUAUACAGCCGAAUGGAAACGAGGAUUUGGGCUUGCCUCAAACGCCCCAAGUUAAGGGAAAUGGCGUCGCGAAGCCUCUCGUUUUAUGCACGGUUGAUGAUAGGAUAAGGUUCAAGUUAAGCAAGGUUACGGCAAAGGAUGAUAUCAAGGAUUUUAGGAGAACGCUGCUUAGCGAACUCGAACAGGUUUCCAGGCUUGUUAAGGAGCUUGAGGCCAGGGAACUUCAGAUUGCGCCGAACAACAUUCAGAUUAGCAAUAAUGAUGUGAGUAACGUUAGUAAUUAUGGUUACAGGUAUCCUCAAACCCAGCUAGCCCGGAAUGAAGUGGCUGACCGGAGGCUGCUGGUGAGAGUGAAUUCAGAGGUGGGUCCUCUCGAGAACCCUGAGCCAAGACACGUGGGACUGUCAAGAGUGAAUUCUGACAUGGGUGCUGCCCGGAUUAUUGAGCCGAGGCUUUACAACCGGCAAUUGAGUGUGGCUGUUAUGGAAAACAAUAACAGAGGGAGUGAGUUUGUCGAGAAGGAGAAGCGCACGCCAAAGGCAAACCAGUUUUACAGAAAUUCUGAAUUCCUCCUUGGGAAGGACAGGCUGCCACCUGAGAACAACAAGAGGCUGAAGACAGGCAAUGGGAGAAAAGAGCAUGGCUUUGGUUUUGGGUUCGAAAAGAGCCGGAAUCAGAUGUUCAAGAACUGCAGCAGCCUUCUCCAGCGGCUAAUGAAGCACAAGCACGGGUGGGUUUUCAAUGAGCCGGUGGAUGUAAAGGGCUUGGGACUGAUCGAUUAUCAUGACAUCAUUAAGCAACCCAUGGAUUUGGGCACAAUCAAGUCUAGACUGUCUCAGAACAGGUAUAAAUCCCCACGGGAUUUUGCGGAGGACGUCAGGCUUGUUUUCCGUAAUGCUAUGACUUACAAUCCCAAGGGGCAGGAUGUGCACUUCAUGGCCGAGCAAUUGUCCCAGAUUUUUGAAGAGAGAUGGGCUAUUAUUGAGGCCGAGUAUAAUUCGAAUUGGAAACAUCGCAUGUACCAUGAUGGGAGGAUGCAGGCCCCCUUUUCUAGAAAGGCUCCUCCUCAGAAUCCCUAUGGGCCUGGUUCGAUAUCUUUGUACAUGCCUCCUGGGACACAAUUGAGGGCUUUCGAUAGGCCUGAGCUUGGUGUUUCGCCCAUGUCUGUCGAUUCUAAAGGUCAACGGCCUCAUGCUGCGCGGACGCCUGUCCCAAAGAAACCAAAGGCGAAGGAUCCAGAUAAAAGGGACAUGACUUACGAGGAGAAACAAAGGCUUAGCAACAACCUUCAGGGAUUGCCUACCGAGAAGCUCGAUGCUAUUGUUCAGAUCAUUAAGAAGAGGAACACUGCACUCUCUCAACAUGAUGAUGAGAUCGAGGUGGACAUUGACAGUGUUGAUCCGGAAACACUUUGGGAGCUUGAUAGGUUUGUCACUAACUACAAAAAGAGCUUGAGCAAGAACAAAAGGAAAGCUGAGCUUGCUCUUCAAGCGAGAACAGCUUCCAAUCAGAAUGUUGUUUUGAAGAACUCAGUCCCACCCGUACUGGAUCAGAUUGGACGUGGGUCAGCUUUCGAAAGGAGUACUGGUCCGCCUGCUGAUGGUGACAAUCAGGUUAAUAAUGGAAGUAGAUCUAGCAGCUCAAGUAGUUCGAGCAGUGAUUCUGGAUCAUCUUCAAGCGAUUCAGACAGCGAUAGUUCCUCUGCAGAUGGAUCAGAUGGGGGGCAUUCACCUAACACAAUGUGUCCAAUGGGUCAACGUGUUGAUGGAUAUGCUGAUGAUGCAAGGCCUGCUAAUGAUGGUUUCACAGCCGUUCUGAAUGCCACCCGUUGAUGUAUUGGGCGCAUAAUGCACUAAAAAAACUUCCUUCUUGUCAUCAUUUGAACUGGAAGUCUUAUUAUUUGAGUUCGUUUAAAUAGGUUGUGUAGUAGUUUGACCAAUUAUGAUGGUGAUGAGAGAAUGUUGCAGUGGAUGUAAAUCGCCACAAUUUCUCUUACCAUUUUCUAAGUUAUAAAAGAGCUUGCUGUAGGAUUUUUGCUCGAUCAUUUGGCUAGUGACAAGCAAGUUUAGGGUUGAAACCAGUCUGUGGUUUGGGUAGUUUAGUGUAUUCUGUGUUUUGACAUUGUAUUAUGGUAGUGUACAGAGUUUUAAUUUAGUGGGUGUCAUCGGAUUUUAUUUUCGGUUUUAUGUUUUCGGUUUUAUGUUUUCAAAAAUGUUGCGGGUUGGUAGCCUUGUCGAUUUUACUUUGGGAAAAUUGUAACUUGGUGCUUGGUGAAAUGUAGUUGCUUCCCGUCAGCUCAGUAACAGACUUGACCACGUUGAUAUUAUUGAAAUAUUGUAAA